CUUUUUUUGACAUGGCUUUUGGCUUCAUUUCAUUAUUUUGACAUUUCGAUGUCAAGCGCUCCGUAUUUCUUUGAAAAAAGUCGAUUUUUCAACGUUUUCCAUUAUUUCUGCACUUUUUACGAUCGAAUAAAAACGCACAGAAGUUAGUACAAUACAACAGCGAGCCUGAAAAGAUCGCGAUCCCCAGAAAUUCCGCGAGAAACAUGUGACACGAAUACGAAAAAGGGCUUCCAGAUCGUCAAUGUGACAGAAAUGUUUUCUGCCAUCGCGACGAGCCAGCGCCACCGCGGAGCCUCGGAGACCACAACGCGUGCUACACGAGAAGCGAAAUAGGGGAAGCGCGUUAAAAAUGAGCGCGAGAUGGCCAGUCCGCCACCGAACCCUAGUGAAGGCGAGGAGGGCGGCUCCGAGUUCGCGGAGGAGCCGAGCGGGGAACGCGCGGCCGCCCCGCAGAAGACGUUCAUAGCGCCGCCCGCCUCGCAGCUGCCCACCAAGCUGCAGUACGUGGCGCUGGGCGCGCCCGGGCCCAGCGGUGGCAUCAAGCAGUGCUUCCGCACCGUGAAGGCGGCGCGCCGCGUGCCCACGCUGCCCCGGCGGCCCCGGGAGCCCGACGCCGCGCCCGCCUCCGUCUCCGCCUCCGCCUCGCCUGCCCCCGGAGCCCCGCAUCCGCACCCACACCCGCCCGCCUCCUCCGAGCGCCGCCGACGAGACCGCACCAAGCGCCACGUCUGUACCACCUGCGAGAAGCGCUUCUCCAGCCCCGGGAAACUCACCCAGCACGUCCUCUCCCACACUGGUGAGCUGCCUUUCUCGUGUGAGCUCUGCGACAAGAGAUUCAAUUCAAAGUUUAAGCUUGUACGUCAUAGUUUAAUCCACAGUGAGGCUCGCGCCUUCGCCUGCAAUAUUUGUGGCAAAACGUUCAAUCGAAAAGAUCACCUCACCAAUCAUGUUAGAGUUCAUAACCCUGUCAAAAAGUCAUACACUUGUGACAGACCAGAUUGUAGGAAAUCAUACACAUCAUUAAUGAGUUACAGGAAACACACCGCUUUGCAUUCAGCUGAGGAAGGAAAUUUACAGUGUAAGAUAUGUGAUGAGGUUUUUACCACCCGUCAGGACAUAAUUUACCAUCUCAAAGUUCACACAGGUAGCCGCACUGUGAAAAAUGAGACUGACAAAAAGUUCACAUGCGACUACUGUGAGCGAAGAUUUUUCACUGCAAAAGAUGUGAGGAGGCAUCUCGUGGUACACACAGGUAGACGUGAUUUUUUAUGCCCAUUCUGCCCACAAAAGUUUGGACGAAAAGAUCAUUUAGUGAGGCAUGUCAAGAAUGCUCAUCCUGAUAAAUCUUGGAGGUCAGCUGCAGUGGGUACAUCUAGUGAACCAACUCCGGAGGCCACUGCAUAUGAAGAAACCUAUACUGAAUUUCAAUUGGAAGGUACAGAAUUCACUAUAUGGAAGUCAGCUUCACCCAAGGAGAGCACAUCAGAAGCACCAACCAGAGUACCGUCCUCUGAUAUAAUUGUUGAAAUACCUGAUAUCCCACCUGACCUAAAUAUAAAAGUGGAACCCUUAGACGCCAAAUUGGAGGACCCUUUAGAUAUUAAAAUUGAGGAGCCACAAUCUCCCACUUGCGAAAUCCUGCCUGUAGGUUACCCUGUAGUGUAUAUGGUUGGACCUCCCUACCCGCAGUCGUCGACAGAUUUGCCGUACAUGACGACGCAACCGUUGUCAGAGACGCAUCUGCUGCAUGCGGAGAAUGUGGAGACUCUGCUGUUGGAUCCAGGCGAAGGGCCUUCUGGCUUAUCGAGUCAAAUCUUAGGCCUUCUGGAAGAGGGCGAGCCAUCGUAUACGGGUGAAGAGGGUCGCCAACAGCGGCUGCCUGCCUUCACGCAGGCGUUCCAGACGGCGCAGAGUCCUAAACCGCCGCCCCCGCCCCCACCGCCCCACUAGCGGAUUCCUGCAUUUAGCCACUGUGAAUAAAACCGAACUACCUCACUAGGUAAGGUUGGUGUAAGCUGUAAAUAGUCUGGAGUAGUAAUUCAAUUGUAAUUUGUUGGACUCGAGAUGUAUGGAAGCUGGGGGGGCGUGCGCCCUCUGUUUAUAUUGCCAAAUUGUAUAUUUGUAUGUCUCAGGUAUACCAAAAUGUUUCCGAAUUCUACAUGAAUAUGUGAUCUAGUCGUGUAUGUAUUUUCGGAAUUGUAUAUUGUUUAAUUUAUAGCAUACAUGUAUGACGUUUAUGGGAGUUAAAUGGGACCAACUCUGUGCUUAGUUCAUGAUUGUGGAAAUAUUUCGGUUGCGACCUCAGCGUGGACUGUGGGUUCGUAGAGCAGAAUUGCCUUAGGAAGUAUGACUCUUGGAAGCAGUACGCUAUUGCAAUAUGUUUUAGGGAAGCGUGCUGCUUUUGACUUGAUGUAAUUACACUGUAGAGCAUACACUUUUCUAUUAGUAAUGGUUCUGAAUUCUGCAAAAUAACAUCAUAUUUGGAAGGGCUACAUUGAAAUAGCAAUCAAACAGAGUUAGACUGUCAUAGAGACACCAUAUUUAGGAUUCAAACACAUUCUAACAUGCAGGAUGUUAUCCAGGGCUACUCGGCAGGCUUGAUCUGGCAACAAAAUGCAAUGAAGAAAUAUAUAACAAUGCAUAUACCUCAGAGGCAUUGCCUCCUUAGUGUAAGACAAUAAAUUAAUUGGGUCUGUAUUCUGAUAGGCAAGAAAACAUAAAUUACUUAUUCAUUGACACUAUUCAAGAAAAUGUGCCAAAUAGUUCCAGAGAAAUAUGAUUCCUUUUGGAAAAUGUUGUAACCGUUUUUGCUCAUUGGGUUCAAAACUCCUGAUGAACGAGGAACUAGUUGGGCAUGCCUUUAAAUUCUGACAAAACCAAAUUUAAAGAAAAAAAUUUAAUCAGACAUAAGAAAAGGUUGCAGGAAAAUUCAGAAUUUCUUAUUGGUAGAACCAUUUUUCUUGGCAUUCUUUGUAGGGAUUAUGAUGAGCCAAAAUUAUGUAAUUUGUUUUGUGAUGUGAACAUGUGCAAGUGUCAGAAGGUUGGAGAAUUAUAGUGAGAAUCUAAACAACAUUGUUGAAAUGUAUUUGAAAUGAUAUGCAGAUGGAUUAUUAGGUGCCUUGCAUUUCAGUACCACUGGCAAUCUUUUAGUAUCAACAAACAAAUAGCUUAGCUGAAUUAAAUGCGGUUUAGAUGAAAGGCUCUGUAAGGCAGUUAACACACUGCUUGCAUCUUUUAUCUUUGCGCUUCAUCCGUCAAGAGCAUUUGCGGUACAAUGUGAUCUUUUUCAAUAUUAAUAAAUCGAAGAUACUGCAUAUUAAGUUAAUACCGCAGCAGAUAGCAUCUCGUGACUGCAGCAGAUAGUGUGGGAACCGCCUAUAGCGCCACCUCCAAGUGCGAAUGUCAAUGCGAAUAUUAACUCCGCCUUCGCUUCGUGUUGGCCGCUACCAUCCUCCGCGCCUCAUCAUACCGCGCUCCUAGACAGUUCUUAUUGGUCGACGGUACCAGUUGAUGUGCCUGUGAUUGGCUUGUGAUACAUUUUGUAACUGUCAUGGACGGCCAAAGCGAAGCGAACAGGUAGUUAAAAAGUGUCACGUAUUUUUUUACACCUAUGGAACUUGGAUGUUAACGCAGUGACGAUCGGAUUGCUAGAGAAUCGCCGUCAUAUCAUCGCUCGCCUAUCGCUUCUCACAGCGUAUAGUGCGAUUCAAACUUUAUGGCUAGCUGAUAAGUUGGCAGCGCGCUCAACAAUGCGCAAGUUUUAAUUAUGUCACAUCCCAAAUUCCCGAGCAUGAUGUAGGCUGAGGCUUCGUCCUACAUUGUGUUACUGAAACGCAAUGUAGGACGAUGCCUGAAACCCAUCUUGCGCUAACUUCAUAGCCAUUGAGUUUGAAUUGCAUUCUACUCGCGGCGUAUUCGGGGCGCACCCGCCGCAGAAUUGUGCCGGUGGAGGUAGCGCCUAAGCCUUAAAAUACGUUAAUAAGACAUUAUAACUAGGUAAUAAAAGAUUGCUUUGGUACAUUUCAGAAUUAUUAAAGUUAUGAAAAUGCUUUUGAGAUUGGCGAAUUUGAUUUCUGAGGAAACCCAUCCACAAAUCGUUUUCGUAAUAUAAGCUCGCGUCCAUUUGUAUUGUCCACCCAAAUACAUCAAUGAUGUGACCAAGUUCUUUGAAUGUUUUUAUUGUAAAUUUUAUAUUUCUUAUAGUAGCGUGGAACUCUUACAGUUAAGCUGUAAGAAAUUAUUGUUACAAUCUCAAAAGCAUUUGCUUUUCAUACCAGACAAUAUGGGUGACCAAUUUAUACAAAGAUAUGCUGCGCUAUGCUAUACUCAAUUUCGUGAAAGCGCUCCUCUUUCAUUUUGAUAAGGAAACUAAUGUGUGUGGCUCUGUUUGUCUUCUAUCAUGAGCACAUCUCUGCUUAACACUGAUUGGUCACCCCAAGUCUCAUUCCUGACACUAGGACACAAUACGUACAUUCUUUUAAGUUUUAUUUUGUAAUUUGAUGGUUUUUAUGAUUCAUAGUUAUGUUCAAUGUUUGGCGUCUAGUAAAGGUAAUUUUCGGAGAGAGGGGAUUGGAUAGCACAUACCUAUGCGAUACCAUGGAUGCAGGAACUGAAAAAUUUAGCUGUAUCUCAUUCUAGCAAGUGGAGUUUUCUUCCUGGUAGCUAAGAAAACUCGCAAUUAAUGCCUGGCGCGCAUACUAUGUGUAAUCCAACCCUUAAAGUAUUUGUAGAGGUGAGAUCCAAUGUUGUAAACGCUUCAUACAUAUAAUAUGUAAAUAAUUCUAAUCUUAUUAGGGUAAUAGGACUGUAAAAAAUUUUAUCUACCUCAAAAACAACUUAUUCAUACGGCUAGAAAUUUAAUAACUAUUUUAGGUUAGUGAGAAUAUUAGGUAUUUUUUUCUAUUUGAGAAAUCGAGUGAGCACAGUAAACCAGGCCGGGUUUGCAGCAUAAUCCGUCGUGUCGACUGCGACUUUAUAAUAUUUGUGCUGAAAAAUAGAAAUCUUUAUUGAUAUAAACAAAUGGAUAUGUAUGAUUAUUAUUAUUUUAAAAUUGUGUUCUGAUAUGCAUUCGGAAUAAUAUAAUUUGUAUCGAUUCGCCAUCCAAAACGCAAAAAGAUCUGGCAAAUUUUUCGUAAUAGUUACAGAAGAGAAAAAAAAACAUUAAAAAUAAAAAAAAUGCAAAAAAAUCGUUUUCUUUUAUAUGUAAUUUAAGGGACUGGAUCUUUUAUCCUCAAAUAAACUUUACAUGUCGCUUGAUCGUUUGAUUAUACAUAUUUUUAUAAGCAAAUAUCAGGAAAGAUUUCUGCGAUACGUGUCUAGGGGUGCUACUUCAGAUGUUAGGAGAAAUGAAUACAAAUAGACUGUAGUAGACAGAGCUAGGAACGUGUCUGCUAGAUCCCUCUAAGGUUGUAGACUGCAUUAGGGAAAGAUUUUUUGUUUUAAAAAAAAAAAGAUAUCAGUCUAUAGUCCUUGGUCCACUAGUCAUACAAUAGCAGCACUAUAAUCUCAAAUAGGCAGUUUGAACCGAGUGAUAUUUGCCAACUUGAUACUAAUAUUAAUAUAUUCAUAGUCUUAUGUCAAUUCAUUAAAUAUAAAGGUGCAUACCAGAAGUACAAAUGCAAAUAUAAAGUGUUAUUAUCUCUUAUAUACAUAUACAUAAAUAUAGUAGAUUAUUCCUCACUUUAGUAUUGGUACAGAAAUAUACAACGAUUUAUGCAAUAUAUUUUUGUAUUUUUUUUUUCUUAGAUUAUAAAAUAUAUUUUAAUAAUUAACAUAUCAAAGACUAAUCCCAUGUUUUGAUGAGCAGAUUGAGUUAGCUUGAACACUGUAUUUUAUGCAUAGCGAAAGUAUCCAAUUUAAUAGAUUUUUUUUCUAUGUAUUUGUUUUGGUGUCCAAGGCACUACACUAAAUUAUCCAAAAUAAUAUUGCUAAAUUGGUAUAUGAUUAGGUUGCGAAUUCCCCUUGUUUAAAACAAGAGAUUAAAUUUAUAAUUGUACAGUCAGUGUUAAAAGUCAAGGAGUUUUACAGAAAAAUUGUCAUCCAUGCAUUAGUAACUGCCUACCUAAAUGUUUAAUACAAAACUAUUAAAAUACUCUGUACUUUUUAUAUCGACUGCACUGUAUUGUUGAAUAUGACGAAUGCGUAAUAUUGUAAUGUGUUGCAUUAUAAUAUAUUUAUUUAUAAAUUAUUAACACAUGUCAGGUGACGAUAAAUAUUGUAUCUGUUAUUGUUUUGUGACACAAAGUGUUCUUAUUUCAUUUUUUUAUAUUUUGGGGAUUUAUUUAUAUGCAUAAUUGAAAAAUGUUAAGUACACCCCAGUUGCAUAGUUUUAUUUUUGUCUUGUAAUGAGUUUGACUCGCGUUUUUUUUUUGUAAAUUACAAUACGUUGUGUAAUGUGUAAUACCAAAUAAUUGUAUUUUAUUUGCUUACAUUAUGUAAGAUUUCGAAUAUUGUCUUGUCCUUGUGUAUAUUUUAACAGCAACGAAAUUCAAUAUGUGAAAGGGAGCUAGCAUGUCUUGUAUAUCUGAUUUUUUUAUUUUCUUGGCAUUCUUCGAUAUUGUUACUAUGUAACUAUGAAUAAUUUUUUUAAAACAACUCAUCAUUUUUAAAGAAAAUAAAAUCUCAGUAGUAGUACCUACAUACUCUGU